AUGUAUAUAACAGGAUUGGCAGUUGGUGUAACCGUUGUUACUAUUGUAUUAGUUAGCUUCAUUGUCUUGAGGUUGAAAAGAAAAUCAUUGUCAAAUCAUCCCCGCCAAGGAGACAAAGCAACAAUUGAGGCAUUUAUAAAAAAUUUUGGUUCAUUUACUCCAAAGCGAUAUUCUUAUAGAGAAAUCAAGAAAAUGACAAAUAAAUUUCAUGAUAAUUUAGGUCAAGGAGGAUAUGGCAAAGUAUAUAGAGGAAAAAUGUCUGACGAUCGUUUCGUGGCUGUUAAAAUCCUAAAUGAAUCUACGGGAAAUGGAGAAGAUUUCAUGAAUGAAGUAGCUAGUAUUAGUAGAACUUCUCACGUUAAUAUAGUGGCUUUACUUGGUUUUUGUUUUGAGAGAUCGAAGAGAGCUUUGAUUUAUGAAUUCAUGCCUCAUGGAUCUUUGGACAAGUUCAUUUAUAGUCAAGGAUCAAAUAAUCAAAGUCGCCAAUUGGAGUGGAAAACUUUGUACGACAUUGCACUCGGCAUUGCUAGAGGACUCGAAUACUUGCAUCAAGGUUGCAACACAAGGAUCUUGCACUUCGACAUAAAACCUCACAAUAUCCUUUUAGACGAGAACUUUUGUCCCAAAAUAUCUGAUUUCGGUUUAUCUAAAUUAUGUGAAAGAAAGGAGAGUAUAAUUUCCAUGGCUUGUGCAAGGGGAACAGUCGGAUAUAUUGCUCCAGAAAUGUUUUGUCGAAACUUUGGUGGAGUUUCUUAUAAAUCUGAUGUCUAUAGCUAUGGAAUGAUGGUCCUUGAAAUGGUGGGAGGAAGAAAAAAUAUUGAUGUUGGAGUGUCUCAAACCAGUGAAGUGUAUUUUCCGUCAUGGAUUUAUGAGCAUAUUGAUCAAUCUAUGAACUUGAAUCUCGGAGGAGUAAUAGUUGAAGAGGAAGAAGAAAUAAUAAGGAAGUUAAUUAUAGUGAGCCUUUGGUGCAUUCAAUGUGACCUAUGUGAUCGGCCUUCAAUGACUAAAGUGCUAGAAAUGUUGCAAGGAAGCCUUCAAUCAUUGGUAAUUCCACCUAAACCUUUUGUAUCUUCUCCUUUACGAUCCCCUAAAAUCAAUGAAUAAAAAGAGACUUGGACUGAUUGGUUGAAUCAAAA